CUGUCCACAUCUUCCCCCCUCCCCCACCCCACACACAGCUGGGGGUUGGGGCUGAGGCUGGAAGCAGGGCCACAAGCGGAGCCCUGGCUGGGGGCAGAGCUGUAGCCGAGCCAGGGGGUGAGGCCAGGACUGCAGCUGUGGGCAGAGCCACGGCCGUGGCUGGGGGGUAGGGCCAGGAGGAAAGCCACAGCUGUGGCUGGAGCAGAGCUGGGGGCAGAGUGAGGCUUGGUGGCGCUUCCUCACUGUUCCCCUUGGGGCUGUCCCUGGGCCCUGCCGCACCCCCAUGAAUGUUCCCCUUCUUCCCUCCCCCCAGGAGCAUGCCCCACACUGCGGGGACCACUGAUCUAAAGGAAGAUUACCUUAACCAGGCCACCCCAUAGCAGCGGAGGGCAGAGCUGCAGUAUAAGGGCACAGAAUGAUUGCUGUCCUUUAUCAUUAAAACCAAGUGCUAUAUGGAAGAGUUAGCAGGAAAGUUGCACCAAGCACCAAGCCAGCUGCUGCUCCCAACAGUGUGUCACCUGCAGCAUGAUUCUUAUUUUGUUCCCUACACUGCAACAGAAGCCCAAACAAAAUAAACAUGCCUGCAUCAUGCCCUGGAGCUUCCCACUAAAGCAACUUCCCAGCAUCUUCAACUUCAUGCACAACACCUCUCCAUAUCAGUCCUGCUACCAAUGGGUCUUGCGGGCCCACUAAAAAACUCUGAGGAUUAAGGAGCCCAUCUCUGCCACCCAGCCUUCCUGGGGGCUCCCAGCCUCAACCAAUUAUGAUGAUUUCCCCUACCACAACUCUGAGACUGAGUCAAAGGGUAAAAGGUGAUUUGUGAAUGGCACCCAACAAGUUAACCUCCCCACUACACAAAACUCCCUCCCUCCCACAAUCUGUUCUCUCCCUCUUCAAAGAACCAACCCAGCCCCAAAAAUAGUUCCCCCAAUUCUCUUUCCCUGUGGAAACCAAUUCCUGCCACCACACAAUAAACUCCAAAAAUCAGUUCCCACACUCCCACCCCCACAAAAGAAUAGCCUCUCCUUCCCAACAGCCAGUGAUCGCCAUGAUCAGUUCUCUCUCCCCCUCCCAUAGGACUGUCUCAGUGACACCAGUUGUCACAAGUCUUGCAAUAUUUGGUGCUUUUCCCCCCAGAGCCCCAGCUUCUGGAGUCACAAGACUGAGUGAGAACAGCAACAGCCUUUAUUUAAAAAAAAGAUGAGGCCUCGAACUAGGUCAGCCUAGAACUUAGGUCAACCUAGCUACAUUGCCCAGGGCUGUGAGAAAUUUUGCACUCCGUGGGACAUAGUUAGAUCAACCUAACAGCCACUGUGGACUCAGCAGAUGGGAUCAUGAGUGAGAAGGAGGCGGAGAGCCCUCUGCAGGGAGGUCCUGAGGAAGAGGCUAAACCCAAAGGGAACAUCACCCAGAAAGUUGGCUCAGACAGUCCUGGCGGGUCGGAGUUGCGGGGGGGAAAUGACAGAGAGCAGCAGCUACUGGGCAGAUCCCCCCUCUGGGGGAGAGGGCUCCAAUCCAAAGAGAAACGCUACAACUGCACUGACUGUAACAAGAGCUUCAGCCAGAGCUCCCACCUCAUCCGGCACCAGGGCACCCACACGGGCGAGCGCCCCUACAAGUGCUCUGACUGCGGAAAGAGUUUCACCCAGAACUCCAACCUUGCCCAGCACCAGCGGGUACACACAGGCGAGCGCCCCUACCAGUGCCUCGACUGCGACAAAAGCUUCACCCAGAGCUCCCACCUGACGGAGCACCAGCGCGUGCACCAAGGUGUCAAGCCCUACAAGUGCACCAACUGCAAUAAGAGCUUCAGCCAGAGUUCCCACCUCCUGCGGCACCAGGGCACCCACACGGGUGAGCGCCCUUACAAGUGCCCUGACUGCGGGAAGAGCUUCAGCCAAAACUCCAACCUGGUGCAGCACCAGCGCAUCCACACGGGUGAGCGUCCCUACAAGUGCGGAGAGUGUGGGAAGAGCUUCAGCUGGAGCUCCAACCUCAUUGAGCACCAGCGCGUGCACACGGGCGAGCGGCCAGACAAGUGCCCCGACUGUGGGAAGAGCUUCACCCGCAGCUCCGCGCUCAUCCAACACCGACGCAUCCACAAGGGGCUGAGGCCCUACAAGUGCACGCAGUGUGGGAAGAGCUUCAACAAGAGCUCCCACCUCAUCCGGCACCAGGGCACCCAUGCCGCUGGAGAGCUGCCCUGCACAUGCACCAGUUGUGGGAAGAGCUUCACCCGGAGCAUCCAGCAGAGGCCACGGCCACACCACUGUGCUGAGUGUGAGACACGCUUCUCUCGCAUUGCUGGCAGCCAGCUACGAGCUGAUGUGGCAGUGAAGCCCUACAAGUGCGGGGAGUGUGGUAGGAGCUUCGGGCGCAGCUCAUACCUGGUGCAGCACCAGCGCAUCCACACGGGCAACAGACCCUACAAGUGCGGGGACUGCGGGAAGGGUUUCGGGGUCAGUGCCCACCUCACCCGGCACCAGCGCAGCCAUGCAGGUGACCGGCCGUACCGAUGUCCCCAGUGUGGAAAGACCUUUGGGGAGAGCACAAAGCUGCUGAGCCAUGCGGGUGAGCGUCCCUACCAAUGCCCUGACUGUGAGAAGAGCUUCUGCAAAAGUUCCCACCUGGUCAGCCACCAGCGCACCCACACUGGAGAGCGGCCCUACCGCUGCACCAUCUGUGACAAGAGCUUCUGCCAGAGCUCCCACCUCAUCCGGCACCAGGGCACCCACACGGGGGAGCGCCCCUACAAGUGCUCCAACUGUGAGAAGAGCUUCACCCAGAGCUCCAACCUUGCCCAACACCAGCGCAUCCACACGGGGGAGCGCCCCUACCAGUGCACUGAUUGCGGGAAGAGUUUCAGUUGGAGCUCCAACCUCAUAGAGCACCAGAGAACCCACCUAGCACAGAAACCCUGAACAUAGGGCGGGCCAACGUAUCUGUUUGCUGAGCAAGCUCCCAAUGCUGCAGUAAACAGCAUGGGGCCAGCAGGACACUUAAUGGGAGAAAUUACUAAGUGUACAAUGCCAAAGACUAGAAAUCCUCCUCCUUCACACUGCCAGAGGCGGCUGCCCGUCCCAGCCUCGCCUGUUGCAAGAUCCAGGAGAUGAUGCCACUUGCCACAGGGCUAAGGAACCUGUAAUAAGGCAAGUCUAAGGGGGUCUAACAUAUGCAUUCUUUCAACCUCAUAUGGACAGGCUAUCUACAAAGACUGGCAGACAGAAUGCAGGCCAUUUCAGUCCCAUGGGCAGCUCCCUAGCAUUUGUUCCUUCUUUUUGUCUAUUCUGGCCAGACUCCGUCCCAGGAUUUUAAUUCCUGUUGGCAACCUAGAUUCUAUUCCCAUUUUUUAAAAUUUGCUUUUAAUACUGUAUUUCCUGUUGUAUUGCAGUCUCUCUCCAUAUGAAAUAAAACCUGCUCCAGCAUACCCAUUUUC